AACUCUGAGAGUCUGAACACAUGUACAGCUGUGAUUCAUCGUGGAUUAUUCGUCUUGUUCGUUUCGCUUACUCUUACCUCGCAUCCGAGUUGAAGAAAAGAUCCCUGCAGGAAAAUAUUGGUUGGUUCGAGACUGUGACUUAGCAGGAACCUGUCGUCGUCAUCAUAUUGACUGUGCUCAAAACAACAACGUGUCGUUGAACUUCCCAUCGUAGAACGUGUCCACCAGUAUAAUCAACAUGUCAAGAACGGCACCCGAAUUAAAAUUCACGACGUCGGAAGAAAUCGAUGAGAUUUACUCCACUCUCCACAAGACUUUCCUGUCCGGCAAGACCAAACCCAUUGAAGCCAGAAAGGUUCAGAUCCUGCAACUGGCUUACCUUUUGCAGGACAACCAAGAACGUUUCAAGGAGGCCUUUGCCAUUGACCUCGGGAGACCCUCACUAGAAGCUUCCUUCCUCGAGCUUAACUCGACUAUCAGCGACUGUAAGAUCGCCUAUGACCGGGUUGAGAAGUGGGCUCGGACGGAAAAACUACCUUUCAAUAUCAUGUGGGCUGCAUUCGGUCCAGUGAUCCGCAAGGAGCCGAAGGGUGUCGUGUUGUCCAUUAGCCCUUUCAACUAUCCCGUAUGGCUUGCGCUUGGACCUAUCAUUGGAGCGAUUGCCGCUGGCAACUGCGUCGUUCUCAAACCAUCUGAGCUGACCCCCGCUGUAAGCGGCCUCAUCGCCGAGCUUAUUCCAAAGUAUAUGGACAGUGAUGUCAUUAGAGUCGUGCUGGGUGCCGUUGCGGAGACCACCAAGCUUAUGGAAUACCCAUGGGGCCACGUCCUGUACACUGGGAGCGGGCGUGUAGGAAAGAUUAUAGGUAUAGCCGCCGCGAAGACUCUUUCGCCCGUCAGUCUUGAGCUUGGAGGGAAGUCUCCCGUUGUUAUCGACCCUAAAUGCGACUUCAAGAUCGCUGCACGCCGUAUCAUGUGGGGCAAGUGCGUGAAUGCGGGUCAGACCUGCGUCGCACCAGACUAUGUUCUCGUCCCGCGCUCUGCUGAGGAUGCGUUCGUCAAGGCCCUCAAAGAUGCACACGACGAAUUUUAUCCUUCCGGCGCCCUAUCUACGACAGAUAUCUCUAACCUCGUCAGUACGGCGCACUUCCACCGUCUCAAGAAUUUGCUCGGGAGCACAUCCGGCACCAUUGCUUUUGGUGGGCAGACCGAUGAGUCGAGAAAAUUCAUCGCCCCUACCAUAGUUAAGGGUGUCAAAGAUGGAGACUCGCUGAUGAGCGAUGAGCUGUUCGGGCCGAUCUUGCCCAUUAUGCCUGUGGACAACGUCGAUGCUGCAAUUGCAUACAUCAAUGCUCACGAUCAUCCCCUUGCAUUGUACUGUUUCUCACCGGACGCGGCCUUUAAGAACAAGGUGUUUGACAAUACCCAGAGUGGCUCGGCAAUCGCCAAUGAUGUGUUGAUACACUGCGCUAUCGAUGGAUUGCCAUUCGGCGGUACCGGUCCCAGUGGAUCUGGGUACCACACAAGAAAAUUCUCUUUCGACAUGUUCACGCACCAACGUGCCUCCCUUGACUCCCCCGGAUGGCUUGACUCCCUCUUAACAGGAAAGUUUCCCCCUUACACCGCCAAGAAACAGGCUACCCUCAAUCGGAUGAUGGGUGUCAAACUCCCACCCCGGCCCCGCUUCCCAGUAGCCGGGGUAAAUGCCAAUGGUUCAAUCAAAAGGAGAAGCAACACUAAAUGGCUGCUUCUUGUGGUAAGCAUGGCGAUAGUCAGCCUAGGUUACACGCGUGCUGCGGACGUUAGUGACUGGGCUGGGCGGUUGAGGGCGUUGAUUAAGGUGUAGGGUUAUUUUUCAUUUAUGUCUGUCUGUUGUUGUUCGACCAGCUCUACUUAUCGUGACUCCACUCAUUUCGGAAUGUAUAGCUAGCGGGACAUCACCUGAUAUUAUUGAUCUGUUGCACUUAGACUUCAUUCUUGUGAGAAGG